AUGGCAUGCUCAGACAAAAAGUCCUGUGAGGGCUGCUCAUGCAGCAAUGAUGCUCCUCAGCCCCAGUCCAUCAACAUUGAAGAUUGUCUCAGCGAGCUGCAAGCUCUGCGACGACGCAAUCAAGAAUUAGAAACCCGCAUGGGUGUGACCAAUGACCGCGACAAUGCUCAAGUCCCCGUCAAGCAACCAGGUCGAACACUGCGAUCGUCUUCGUGGUUUGAUUGUGCCAGUAACCCUGGAAUGACGGCCAUCUAUAUGGAGCGGUAUUUUAAUUACGGUAUCACGAGAGAGGAACUCAUGUCUGGGAAGCCCAUGAUUGGAAUUGCUCAGACGGGUUCCGAUAUUGCGCCCUGCAAUCGCCACCACAUUGAACUCUCGAAGCGGGUACGGGAAGGCAUUCGGACUGCUGGUGGUAUUCCAUUUGAAUUCCCUACGCAUCCUAUUCAGGAGACUUCCAGACGACCUACUGCGACUCUUGAUCGCAAUCUUGCGUAUCUGGGGUUGGUGGAAAUUUUGACUGGGUAUUUCCUCGAUGGUGUUGUGUUGCUCACUGGGUGCGAUAAGACCACGCCGGCUUGUUUGAUGGCUGCAGCUACUAUGAAUAUUCCUGCUAUUUGUAUGAACGUGGGUCCCAUGCUCAACGGCUACUCCAAGGGAGCCUUGACCGGCGCAGGCACUGUGUUGUGGCAUGGGCGAGAGCUAUAUGCCACAGGGGAAAUUGACGAGCAUGAAUUCAUGGACUAUGUUGCUAGAGGAACACCUUCAGUCGGCCACUGCAACACCAUGGGAACUGCUUCAACAAUGAAUGCCCUCGCGGAAUCAUUGGGAAUGGCACUUCCAGGAUCAGCAGCCAUCCCCGCAGCAUACCGCCACAGAGCCCAGUGUGCCUAUGAAACCGGUCUACGGAUCGUGGAGAUGGUAGAGGCAGAUCGGAAGCCAUGUGAUCUGAUGACUAGAGAGGCAUUCGAGAAUGCCAUUGUGGCAAACGCCGCUAUUGGUGGCAGUACCAACGCCCCUAUUCACAUUAAUGCCAUUGCCCAGCACGCAGGCGUGGAAGUUUUCAUGGAUGACUGGGACACACUAGGAUCCACCAUCCCACUUCUAUUGAACAUGCAGCCCUCCGGAGAAUAUCUCGGCGAGGAAUACUACCGUGCCGGUGGCCUUCCGGCUAUCAUGGCUGAGCUGCUAGAUCAGGGCAAGAUACAUGGCGAUGUCUUGACUUGCAAUGGCCAAACCAUGGCAGAGAAUGUCCGUGGGAAGCACUCCUGGGACCGGAAAGUCAUCCGUCCUUAUGACGAUCCUUUAAUGAAGGAUGCUGGCUUCGCUCAUCUCAAGGGAAAUCUCUUCGACUCUGCAAUUAUGAAGACAUGUGUGAUCUCGCCAUCUUUCCGGAAACGCUAUCUUUCCGACCCCAAAGACCCAGAAGCAUUUGAAGGCUCUGUUGUAGUCUUCGACGGACCCGAAGAUUACGAACAUCGUCUGGAAAGCUCUGCGCAGAUCGACGACAAAACAAUUCUCGUCAUGCGCGGUGUUGGUCCGAUAGGGUAUCCCGGUGCGGCAGAGGUCGUCAACAUGCACCCGCCUGGUCGGCUUCUCAAGGAUGGUAUCGAUGGACUGUUCUGUAUCGGAGACGGUCGACAGUCCGGAACAUCUGGGUCUCCCUCUAUCUUGAACGCGAGCCCUGAGGCCGCAGCCGGUGGAAAUCUUGCCAUCCUCAAAGAUGGAGACAGGCUUCGCAUUGACUUGCGGAAGCGACGGGUUGAUCUUCUCAUUAGCGAUGAGGAAAUCACACAGCGGAGGAAAGAGUUGGGUGUUAAUGGAUAUACUACUGCUCCUAGUGGCACUCCAUGGCAGGAGCUGUUCCGACAGGAAACAGCGCAGUUGAGUGAAGGUAUGGUGAUGAAGAAGGCUGUCAAGUAUCAAAAGCUGGCCCAGAACGGGCCACCGCUUCGUCACAAUCAUUGA